AUGGCUCCUCGCUCAGGAUACGAUGUGGAAUCCGAGAGCAUACCCUUGCUCGGACACCCGGUGAAAACAGGCUGGGAAAGGAAGCCCUUGUACACGAUGGUUGUGCUUGGUUGCCUCGGGACUGUGGUGGAGUAUUGUCAGCGGGUAAGCCUCUCCGUCGCCAUCGUUGCCAUGACGGGAGUGUAUGGCAACAAGAGCCGGGUUCUCCAAGACCCUUCCUCUACCAAUCAUAAGGACGGAGGAGAGUUCCCCGAAUGGGACGCGGCGACUCAAGGCCUCGUGCUGGGCAGUUUCUUCCUGGGGUACGCGGCCUCCAGCCUGGCGGGGGGUCGGGGGUCCGAGCACCUUGGAGGAAGGAAGUUGUACGCGGCGGGCAUCGUUGUGUCGUCGCUCUUGGCCCUCUUGUCACCCACCUGCGCCAGGACGAGUGCCAAGCUCUUCGCUGUCAUCAGGAUGUUGCAAGGGGCUGCCCAGGGUGUGACUUUUCCUGCCAUCAACGUGAUGUUAGCUACCUGGAUCCUGCCCGCUGAGAGAGCCAAGUUCACCACCAUCGUGUGCUCAGGUUCGCAACUGGGCACUGUCGUGGGCACGAUGGCCAGCGGGUGGCUGUGCUCCUCCAGCGUGUUGGGCGGCUGGCCCCUUCCCUUCUACGUGUUCGGGGCGUCCGGGCUGGUGUGGGCGCUGGCGUGGUGGUGCCUCGUGUCCGAAAGGCCGGAGGACCACCCAGGACUGUCGGAGGCUGAGCUGAAGAAGUUGAAGCUUCACCAGGAGUGUGUCAAGGGAACGGAGACAGUUGAUAUUCCUUGGCUGGCCCUCGCGAAGUCCCUUCCCUUCUGGGCUCUGACGGCAGCCACUGUGGGGAAUGACUACGGCCUCUACACCUUGUUGAUGCAGCUGCCCACGUAUCUGCGAGACGUCUUGCGCUUCGACUUGGGACAGAACGGCAUCGUAUCCACCUUGCCUUCUCUGCUGAUGUGGAUCUCCAGCCUCGGGUGGGCGGCGCUGAUGGACAUGCUCACUGUCAAGGGAAAGUCUUCCGUCGUCACUGUCAGGAGACUGUCCAUGGUCGCUGCAUUAUUAGGCCCUAUGUUCGGCCUAAUAGCCAUGUGCUUCGUGAAGUAUGAUGCUGUUCUGACAAUCACUGUGCUGCUGGUCUCCGCCGCCUUGUCCGGCGCGGCGAACAGCGGGUUCCUCUGCUCUCACCAGGACUUGGCACCGAACUUGGCUGGGACUUUGCUGGGGAUCACCAAGUCAGUGGGCGCCGUGGCAGGAGUGAUCAAUCCCGCCAUCAGUAGUUUAAUUCUGCACAGGGAGGAUAUCAUGGUAGCAUGGCGGGAUGUGUUCAUAAUCAGUGCUGCCAUGUACUUCAUCAGCUGUGUCGGCUACCUGGCUUUCAUAUCGGCCGACGUCCAGCCUUGGAACUGCCCGCAUUUUCUACGAGGGACUUUAAUGGAAGAGAAGGCGUAUGUAAGAAGGCGAAGGAAAGAAUACCUGCAAGACCUUGGAUAUGUUUUCCAUCAUCCCAGUGAAUCCAAGGAGGGCGAGAACACUGCUUUCGCCAGUCUCAUCGAGAGUGGACCACGCAAGCACUAUUAG